ACCUCUGAUUCGUCUCUUUCCGCUCACUGCUGCUUCCUCCCAGGGCGUAGCAAAGUCUCCCAUCAUCCUCAUCUCUCCAUUUUUCCGCCAUUAACAACAUGGAUUUCCAGUCCUCUCGCCACUUAGUCGCCGUCCUCAGCCUCAUUGUCCUCCUAGUUACUUCCAGAGGUGUUUCAGGCUCUACAUUUACAUUCGUGAACAGAUGCGGCUACACCGUGUGGCCUGGGAUUCUCGCCAAUGCCGGCAGUCCCAGACUUGAUAGUACUGGAUUCCAGCUCCCAAAGGACUCCGCUAUUUCCCUCCAAGCUCCCACCGGAUGGUCCGGCCGCUUCUGGGCUCGAACUAGUUGCACAUUUGACGGAUCUGGAGCCGGCUCAUGCGCCACCGGCGACUGCGGGACGGGUAUGCUUGAGUGCAACGGGCUCGGAGCCACCCCGCCGGUGACUCUUGCGGAGUUCACCCUGGGAACUGGAGGGCAAGACUUCUACGACGUCAGCCUUGUUGAUGGGUAUAAUAUACCAAUGAUUGUUGAAGGAAGUGGUGGGCUGGGUCUUUGCGCCUCCACCGGCUGCACCGCCGACUUGAACCAGCAAUGUCCGGCGGAGCUAAGGGCGGGUGACGGUUUUGCGUGCAACAGCGCCUGUACGGCAUUUGGAAGCCCGGAAUAUUGCUGCAGUGGCGCGUAUAGCACACCCACCACCUGUAAACCUUCGGUUUAUUCAGAGAUGUUCAAGGCGGCGUGUCCGAGAUCGUAUAGCUACGCCUACGAUGAUGCUACCAGUACCUUUACAUGCAACGGAGCUGAUUAUACAAUAACGUUUUGUCCCUCUUCCCCAAGUCAGAAAUCUGCAAGAGAAGCUACACCAGCUACCGGAGCAACACCGGUGACAGGAUCGACACCACAGGAAUCCGGGUCAGGGUCAGGAGCUGGGCUAACUUACUCUGGUUAUGGUUAUGGUCCUUAUGGAUACUCUGGUUCUGGCUCAGGCUCAGGGACAGGGUCUCACACAGGAUCAGGCCAAACCAUGCUGGAUGAUGGUUCAUGGUUAGCUGGUUUGGCCAUGGGAGACUCAACAAGAACUAUCUCUUCCUCUACUCUGCAAUUUCUACUCAUAGUAGCAACAGGGCUCUCUGUUUUGUUCUCAUUUCAUUACUUGUAGCAUCAUCUCUGUCUUUCUAAAGUAUGUCAUGGAGUUUUAAUUUUCGUAUUUAGAUGUGAAUUCUUUAUAGAUUCGCUGCUGGAAUGACAUGAAAAAUCUUGGUUUCUUCAUUAGUUCUCAAAGGCUUUUAUAGAGUUAAACCACACAAAUCAUUAUGAAUUCUUAAAAGAUGGUUGUUGUCUGAAAAGGAUCUCAUUGCCCAACUCUCAAGUUUUUAGCUCAGCCUUUUGUCUUUGCUUGCAAUUGUCUUUCAGACAUAUGUAUGUCCAUUCCAAUAAUCUUUCUCUUCAACCAUAUCAAAUUUCUUUACUCAAUUUAGCUGGAAUCUCUGACUUAAAGCUUCAGUCACUAAUGGAUUAGACUGUGGAGGACAAGACUGUGAGGUCAUGUUAUCAUGCAUUUGUGUUUUUUGGCGGGGUAUUCUAUCAACAUCACCGAAUGAAAAAGGAAAUUUUUU